AGGCAGCGAACCCGGCUAUUGGCCGAGGAGACAACCGAGAGCGAGAGCGAGCCUGGUGCUUUGGGAGUACAUGAAGCCGACUGUUAACUUCUGGGCUCCGUUCACCACACAAAGUCGGUCUGCGUUAGUUAACGAUGAGUACAUCGGAGUCCUUGGACAGAAUGGAGCUCUGUGAAAGCCUCCUGACAUGGAUCCAGACAUUUGGAGUGGAGGCUCCAUGCAAGACAGUAGAAGACUUGACGAGCGGCAUCGUCAUGGCCCAAGCUCUACAGAAAAUAGAUGUCGUGUAUUUCAACGACGCUUGGAUCAGUAGAAUCAAGCCUGAGGUUGGGGACAACUGGAGGUUAAAGAUCAGCAAUCUAAAGAAAAUUUUGAAAGGCAUCCUCGAUUAUAACCAGGAGAUCUUAGGUCAGCACAUCAAUGACUUCACAUUACCAGACGUUAACCUCAUUGGAGAACACUCUGACGCAGCAGAACUCGGGAGGAUGUUACAACUAAUACUGGGCUGUGCUGUCAAUUGUGAACAGAAACAAGAAUACAUCCAGACCAUAAUGAUGAUGGAGGAGUCGGUGCAGCAUGUCGUCAUGACAGCCAUCCAAGAGCUGAUGAGUAAGGAGACUCCAGUGACCGGAGGAAAUGACUCGUAUGUGGAUCUAGACAGACAGCUGAAGAAGACCGCAGAGGAGCUCAAUGAUGCUUUGGCUACCAAGGAAGAGAUCUCCCAAAGGUGUCGUGAGCUUGACAUGCAGGUGGCAGCCCUCCAAGAGGAGAAGAGCAGCUUGCUAGCAGAAAAUCAGGUCCUGAUGGAGAGACUUAACCAGUCCGACUCCAUCGAGGAUAUAAACAGCCCAGCUGGGCGCAGACACCUCCAGCUGCAGACACAACUGGAGCAACUACAGGAAGAAACCUUCAGGUUGGAGGCAGCAAAGGAUGACUACCGGAUCCGCUGUGAAGAGCUUGAAAAAGAGCUCCUGGAUGUCAAGUCACAGAACGAAGAGCUCACGUCGCUCGCUGAUGAAGCCCAGUCUCUCAAGGAUGAGAUGGAUGUCCUCAGGCAUUCAACAGACAAAGUGUCAAAGCUGGAGGGCACAGUGGAACACUACAAGAAGAAACUGGAGGAUAUGGGACUUCUCCGGAGACAGAAUAAGCUCAUGGAGGAGAAGAACACGGUGUUAAUGCAGACAAACGUCGGUUUGGAAGAAGAGCUACGAAAGGCAAAUGCUACCAAGGGCCAGCUGGAGACAUACAAGAGACAGGUGGUCGAGCUUCAGAACAGGCUGUCAGAAGAGUCUAAAAAGGCGGACAAGAUGGAGUUUGAGUACAAACGUGUCAAAGAAAAAGUGGACUCUCUGCAGAAAGAAAAAGAUCGUAUGCGGACAGAAAGAGACUCUCUGAAGGAGACUAUAGAGGAGCUACACUGUGUCCAAGCCCAGGAGGGACAGCUUACAUCAGGUCUGUUCCCGUUGGCCAGCAAUGACGGCUCUGAUUCACUUGCUGCCGAGAUCACCACCCCGGAAAUUAGAGAACAUUUGAUUCGCCUCCAGCACGAGAACAAGAUGUUGAAGCUGGCCCAGGAGGGAUCAGACAACGAGAAGAUCGCACUGUUGCAGAGUCUACUGGAGGAUGCCAACAGGAGAAAAAAUGAGCUGGAGACAGAGAACAGGCUAAUCAAUCAGCGCCUAAUGGAGGAACAGAGUCAGGUAGAGGAGCUACAGAAGAAUCUUCAAGAACAGGGCUCCAAAGCAGAUGAUUCUUCCAUUCUCAAGAAGAAAUAUGAGGAGCACAUGGAGAAACUACGAGAGGUGAACAACGAGUUACUGAAGAAAACGUCCUUCAUCGAUGAAAUGGAGCCUAAAUACAACGCCAGCUGCCAACGAGUGGAUGAGCUGGAAGAGGCUUUGAAGAAGAAAGAUGAAGACAUGAAACAGAUGGAGGAGAGAUACAAGAAAUACCUGGAAAAGGCCAAGAGCGUGAUCCGUACCUUGGACCCCAAGCAGAACCAGGGUUCAGGCCCAGAGGUCCAGGCCCUGAAGAACCAGCUGCAGGAGAAGGAGAGGAUGUUGCACUCAUUGGAGAAAGAGAUGGACAAGACAAAAGGCCAGAGAGAUUACGAGGAGAAACUGAUUGUGUCCGCCUGGUACAAUAUGGGUAUGUCUCUGCAGAAGAAAGCUGCUGAAGACAGACUUGCCAAUACCGGUUCUGGUCAGUCCUUCCUGGCCCGGCAGAGACAAGCCACCAGCACACGUCGCUCCUAUCCAGGCCACGUCCAGCCAGCUACCGCAAGGUAGAUGGCAAGCAAGGGCAGCAAAAAAUACUGCGACAAACUACCUUUACAAAACCCCUCGAACUUGCAUACAGUAGACGUGCCUUUUUUUAAGGCCCUCUAUUUCCACUCAUUUCUAAUGGACGUUCUUGUUUCCCUGCAUUCUGCCUAUUGAUUUUCCUUUUUUUUUCCCCCUUCUUGAUCAGAUCCAUGAGGUAGAGAUGCCAGGCAAGCCUGCCCAAAUCUUGCACCACUUUGUUUUUUCCUCCUCCCCUGUCUAAGCAUAUUUUCCUCUGACUUCCUGUGAUGCCAGGCUUCUACCCCUUUUUCACACCCCCAGCACAUUUGACAGGGUCUGACUAAUCACUCCAAACCACCCUCUCAACCACUGACCUUCCUCAACCUGUACUCUGUGGCGAACGUUUGCCAGGCAGGUAAUCUCGGACCCCCCCCCCCCUCCCCGAGGCAGAGAAGAAUCUCAUCAUCUGCACAAGUUACUCUUACUUCUUGCCUGUUCAUGCAGUAUUUAUGCACAUCUCUACCUGUGAUAACAUUUGAGGCUCAUCUUGUUUUAUUUUUUGUUUUUUCUUUCGACUGGAGAUGUCAUAUUUUCUGUUUCAACUCUUACGAUGUAGCUUUAAGCAGGUUAACAGCAAUUUUCAUUAACGUGUGUCAAAGUUUUGAAUUUGUAUUUUUCACGAGAGGAGAUGAGUUGCUCUUGUGGUUAAGUUGUUUGAUCAAGACUGAGCAACAAAUACAGAGAUAUAGGACGAUGUAUAGGCAUCACGUGUAAAUGUUCCAUCUGCUUGCUGAAUAGUGUCGGUGAUAUCUUAAUAGGACUACAUGAAUUUAAAAAAAAGCUGAUAACAGCAAUAAUUGUGAAUGGGAAUUUUCCUCUAUGUUGAAGUUGUUUCAGGUGUAAUAAUCCACAGAUAGGCAAAGAUCAGCGCGUCUUUAAGAGCCGCCGUCGAACAAACUGGGAGUCAGUUCACACGAUUUUACCUCUACCAGCAUUUACCAGGUUGUCUCUGACAACACCUUAUGUGCCAUAGUGUUUAAUUUAAAUGUAUUUACCACAAUAUUUGGUUAAUUUUCAUCCCUGCAGGUUUCCCCUCCCCGCGUCACAUAGAAAGAAAUGUGCUGGGAAUGUUUGGUCGGAGGGGAUUUGGUUCGUAGAUGCCAGUCCGGUGUUUAUUCAGCGUAGCUCAUUGAAGCUGACUUACUUUCUAUAUCAGAAGUGUUUUUGAAAAACACUACACAGUAUUGCCCUUGUCACUUUAAAUAGGAAUCUUGCAUAGGUAUGCUUGUUGCAGCUGUUCCCAUCCUCCCUUUAACUCUUUAUUUUAUCCCAUUGUCUUUGUUUUUAAGGCUCAUCAUGAAUGAUCUCUUUCUAACAUGAUGGACCUUCAUAUUAACUCCGUUCGUUUUCUGUGUGUGUUUAAAUCAAGGCUGAAAUUUCAGGCUAACAAGCCCCCCCGCCAUCUCACCGUUCUCUCUCUUUCUCCUCCCAACAGCGAUGUCUCUGCAUGACUGGUUCACCAAUGAUCUGGCCGAGCCCGGUGUGGCCCCGGCCUUGUCUUUGGCCUACGCUUGUCUAGGCUGAGGCACGCGAUGCAUGAACUACCCGCCCGCCUACUUGUUGCAUGACUUUGCAUUGACUCGAGCCUGCGAAUAACCAACACAGCAGCAGCAGCAGCAGCAGCAGCAGCAUGAGCACUAACAACCUUCUGUCGUCAUGCAUUGUAACCCAAAGAGGGAUGGGGUCACCCUCGCCCUCCUUCCCCACAGUUAAACUUCCUUUCCACCCUUCCAGCUACUUACUCCUCAUGUUCUCCUGCUCCUUUGUCAUCCUCUCCUGUCUCCAUUCUCCCCCUCCUCACUCUUCAUGAACAUGCCUGCUUGUGCUUCCACACAGCAUUCAAGUCUGUUACAGUUCAUCCUAUGUUACAAACACCGAAGGACGGGAGCAGAUUAUCACAGCACAUAGGCUGUCAACCAAGCAGUUGAUCUGUCCGUAGGCCUUUUCUGUAGUGUGUAACUCGGCGUCGGCUGGCUGCUUCAGGAUACCUCAAUGACAUCACAUAUCUGUUCUUAUUUAUAUGGUUGGAGGAGAGUUGGCGUCGGCGCGAGAGAAAUAUUCGAGAGGUGUAGCCUGCAGAUCAGUCCGCACACCAACAAAAAAAGGAGUCGGCUCCGCUUUUAAACUUCAAAGUGUGUAUCUCCUGUGGUGGUUCUGUCUAGCCGCUCCUCGACAUGUUGCUGGAUGGCAUCUUUUUAGAAGUGGUUUUACCUCAAGUGUUAGUGAGUACAACACGUUUUGGACUAAAGGAGAGCUUAUGGGGCAUUACUGUGUCGCCCUGUAGGCUUUUUGACAGUUUGCAGUAGGAGCAUAGGAUGGUGAAAUAACUGUUUUUAAAUCAAUAACAUUGUUACAGAUGUGCUUUUAUAAAGGAUAAAAAGCCCACAUUAAGCCUACUUGCAAUUUUUCUUUAGAUGAAACGUCAGUGUAGCAUCUGUCUCUUGGUUAAAACACACAUUUAUAUAGUAUCUGUGAUGUUAGCUGGUAGGUGACUACUACAUCAUGUUAUUUGUCCAGGCAGAAAAUAACCUGGUGGACUAAAUGAGCCAACUUGAUUAAAUCAACAAAUAUAAAAAUAAUAAUAAUACAGCUAUGAAACUGUACAUUAGCUCACGUAGGCUAAUGUAGAGUAAAUUCAUUUGAUUUGAAAGGGCUAACAGAUUAAAAAUGUAGAAAGGGAAACUUUAAAAGAUCCUGUUGAUCACAGAUCAAACACACAUUCAGCACAAUUCAAAAGUGUGUGUUCAUAGUCGGUCCUGUGUUUGUUUUAGUGUUUUUUGUUCGUGCAACUUCACAGAACAGUUGUGUGAAAAAACUUUUUAGGCAUUAAAUUAUGGAGGAAGUUAAACGUGUAGUUAUUUAAAAAACACACGAUAGUGUCAGUAAGAGGGAAACUUAACUUGGUGUUGCAUUGAGUCAUAUUGUAUGUGAAUACAUUUCUUAUUUAAAUUUUAUUUCCAGAGCUUAUGAGAAACGGUGAGAAACACUGAAAGGAAGCAACGGAUACAUGCAUAUUCUAGACAUGAGUACAUACAUUUUCCAGAUGAGAGAGAUGGUCGAAUCCUCCAAUUUAGUGCCUUUUUGUUUAAAAAAUAUAUCUAUAUUAAAAAAAAAAAAGACAAGAUUGACUGGUCUUUAUAGGAGUUAAGGUAGCGUGACACGCUGCCUUAUGAGACCAGUUUUAUUGUGUUAUUUGAAAAAAGAAAAAAAGGUCUGAGAUGAGCUUAAAUCUCAUCUGUGAUAAAUUUCUUGAGGAAAAACUUAAAAAUAUUAAGUAGGCUUAAUGAGGGCUUUUCUUCUGUUUUUACUCUAUUUUACUCAUCAAUGUUUUACAGUGUAACCUUGGUUUAAUUCAUGCAUUUUUAUCUUAAUGGCUUAUUUAUUCUUUUUCCGCUUGUACAGCAGUGUUGUUACUUUUUUUUAAAUAUAUAUAAGUAGUAUUAUUAUGCCACCACUUAUACUGUUACAAUGGAUGUGAAGUUUCCAUAUGACAUCAAAAUACUGUUAAAUACUUGUCUUAUGCAACAAAAGGAGGAGAGUGGUUGAAUAGUGUUUGUCUCCAUGUAAUGAAAAUGACACAAAAGUUCUGUUGUGUCAGAUCAGCGUAAAAUGGAGAAAACGUGGCAAGGUUCCAUUUACAUCCAGUGUUUUCAGGAAGAUUCCCGGGUUUCUUAAAAUGCUAAGAAACGUGUUUGCUCAUUAACAAAAAAGAAAAAAAAAAAAGCACAUUUUACACUUUAACUCACGGAAUAUGUCGGUGAAUUUACUGUGACCCUGCAAACAAUCAUAUUUUCCAGUGUUUUUAGCGACCGCGACAAAGACUGGGCUCAUGUUUUGCGGGGAAAAGGUUCAUUAGCCGUUGCAUCAAAGUGAAGUUAGCUCACAUGUUUGGUUAACUUGAUUAAAAUAAGGACAAAUCAAAUUCUACAUUUGUGCAUCAAAUAAAUUUGUUUUCCUUUUUGAAAUAACACUUGUGGUAUAAAUUCAGUUGCAAAGUAAAGAGAUGACAUCUUUUCUCCACUUCUCUGCUUGUUUCUGUCCAGAUCUGUGUUUUGACAGUUUGAACUUUUAAGUUAUAUUACACAGAACUCUUUUAGCCGUCCAUCCACCCCUUUUUAGUCAUUGGUUUGGUAAGAAAUCUGUAUAUAAUGGAACACAUCCACAUUGUGGUUGACCUGUUUAAAUUUAUCAGGGAUGUAGGGGAAAUGUUUUAUUUGUUGUUUUAAUAGGAGAAAACAUUUUAUGUCAUCCCCUUUUAUCCCCCCAUCAAGUCAGCCACUUUAUUUUGUCGCUUAUGUGUGUAUAUACUCAGUAUUACUGGAAAAUAAUGGAAUACUUGGUGGGUAAAUUUAUCGCAAGUAAUCGAACCAGAGAAACUGAUUUCAGAAUCCAGCAAGUUUGGGCCAUUUUCAGACUUUAUUAAUAUUCAUUUCUUCUCAAUAAAGAAGGAAAGGCGACAUGUUUAAUGUACUUUUUGAGCUAUAACCCAAAAUCUUUCCUUCAUUUUCAUUUUUAAAUACAAAUCACUGACUAAUCUUUACAAAACUGUCAUACAAUGGUGUAUUACUUACAUGCCUAAGAUAAAAUGAGUACCCAGUGUUCCCUCGUGUUACUUGACUGCUAAUUGCACUGUUGGCCAGUCAAACGUGUACUAAAGACAUGAAACAAAACAACAUGCGGCUGUUUAACAGGUCAGAAUUCAUCACUACGCGUGCAGUGUUUGCUGUAUUUUUUUACUCAUUGGCAAACUUUUCUUUACAUAUUGAAGUAGCAAAUAACCUUCCAUUUGCCAAGUUUUAUAUUGCUUGUAUACAAACACACUAUGUACAUACUUUACGUGACAGUGGUAGAGGAGGUGUCUGGCCAUUUUUUUGAGAAUGAGAAAAUUAAAACUCAUGUCUAGUUAGAUGGAUUUCAUAUAGCAUCUGUCCGAUGAGGACGUACUGAUGAAAAUGUGCUUCCUACACUGCAAAACUUGGAAAUGACAUUGUAAAUAAAGCUUGUAUAAAACAG